UUUGAGUUUCGAAAAAAAACGGGAUUGUUUAUUCCCUCCUCGUUAAUUUGAUGGUUAAUUUUUAUCAUUUUCGAUUAUCUCCCUUUUCGUUUUCUUUAUUUGUUUAAUAAUAAUUGGCGUAAAUAUUUCUAAACCGAGAGUUUCCUAUAGUUUAAACGGUAUCCAAUCUCUAAAGCUUUCACCGUAUUUUCGAUUGCAAUUAGAUAGAGUGCAUAGAAAUGCAGCUGGAAAAUGCAGUCGAUCAUGUCACGUGCCACUGCAUUCAUAUCUCACGUUAUAUAGUAUAAUUUUCGCGGUGUCAAGGCCAUUAAUGAAUCUUCCUGAACGAUUUUCAGAAUUGUAUCGCCAGUAUACACCAGUAUACAUCAGUAUUCGUAGUAAUUAUGACGUGAUUACAUUAUCAGACGCGGUUCAGAGAUCAACAAAUUUCUAUCUAAUCCGACGAGGUGAUAAAUCUUUCGGGAAAUAAAUUAUUUGUAAAAUCGUUCUUCUCAGCCGUUUAUAAAUAAUUUUCAAGCUUAAUUUAUAAAACGAUUCAUAUUUUCUCAAAUACGAAUCGUUUCCUAGAUUUUUUACGUGCCACGUCCUAGUUGGAGCGUCUAGAUGCUUUCAACGGAUUCAGAUUAACGAUUUAAGCAACUUAAUUACCGGAAACUAUCUCACCAACUGGAGCAGUCGGAGUCGUGCUUUAUUCAUUUCGGCACAUUAUUUCAUUCAAGAACAAUUCGCUUCUUUCUUCUAACAUUUGUCCAACAUUUGCAUCGAAUACGAUUCCUUUCUAUUUAUUUAUUUUUUCCACAUUUAACUGUUUACCACAUUCAACGUACGAAAUCAAAAAAAAAAAAAAAAGAAAAAAAGAAGAAAUUGCUUUCAAGAAGAAAAAUUUCAACGUACUAUCAUUCCAUUCGUCAUUUUUUUCUUUUUUUUCUUUCAUGUUGUUGAAGUAGAAAUUGAACGAAUUCUGCUUAUACAACGUUCGAAUAGCGAAACAUUUUUAAGAUUAUCUUUUGAGAAACGAGAAGAAUACGUGAAAUUUUCUUUCCACGAGAAAAAGGUAUGGACGUGCUAUCAUCUUCGCCAUCUCUUCUCACAUCGAUGGACGUUGAAACAGAAACAGUUGGUUGGAGAUAGCCCCUGUGAUUCACGGGUGACGUAUUUCUAGAAAGCGUGCACUAAUUGUCGGGGAACGUUACACGUACACGGGAUACGGCAGCUCUCAGAUUCUCCGUUGGCCUGUCCAUUAAUUUGAAACAGGCGGCCACUGUAAAUCAACGCGUCCCGUGGUACGGAGCCAUCGCUGCGAAUCACAUUUCGGCCACGAGGUCGAUUCGCGCUCGAUUCUUCAUGCCGAUCAGUGUGCUGUGAUUCGAGGAAUGUCAUUGGACACGAUGCAGAUUCUUCGAGGACCGCCAGCAUGGAGCGCUUCGACGCGUUGCAUCGGUUUCCUCUCCUCCGGAUGGUUUCUGGAUCGUCCAUUCCUCUGUGAGAGCGACAACGGAUUUUGGCGUCCUCCGCAUUUUGGUCGUCUGCAUGAAGGACUCGAGCUUCGGGGCCUCGAAAGGAUGAGGCGAUUCGAGGACGGCCAUGCUCAACGACCGCCUCCGUUCAGGGUGCUCGCGGCACCCGAUUACCUGUCACCCACCGCGAUACCGCCACCCCCGCCGCGUGCACCCGAGCCCUACAAGAUCGCGCCCUCCUCCACGUCUUCCUCGAGGGCCCACAGGCGGUCCAGCUUCGUGAUCAUCGCGGACUCGAGGCCUGGCUCGCCCGAGACGAGGAGUCCAUCGCCGACCUUGGCCACCGGCAGAGUCUCCCCUUUUCGAGGACGCGGCUUCAAGGGACCACCCCCUCGCUCCAGAUCCAGGCCGCAGUCCCCCGAAAUCGCGGACGGUCGUAGGAGGGGAAGAAACGAACGACGAGUUUCAGUGUCGCAACAGAGCAGCCCGAGAAGAAGCCUGAUCCCUCAGCCGACUCGUCAGCGUUCGACGUCGCUGAGCAAAUCGACGGAGCGCCUCUCCUCGCCGAAGUUUGGCCGGCGCACGGAUUCGCGGGGCCGUUUGACGGAUUCGAGGAGUCGUUUGAACGCCUCCGGGAACAGCAGCAGCGUGGCGAGCCUGGCCUCCCGCCGACAAGCCGCGAAGACGCCCAGCAAGCUCUCCCCGAUCCAAGGGACCCCGACGAAACCGGAGAGGACCCCGACCCAGUUCGGGGCGAAACGGGAUCGAUCCGGAGGGAAGGAGUCCACGCCGGCCAGGCAACAGAAAUUUGCCGUUUCCCCGUCCAGGCACAAUGCGUGGAACGCGAAGAAACAGAGCCAAGAGAGGGUACCCGUUUCGGGGAAGGCGGGGGGGAGCAAGGAACGAGUCACGUCUCCGUCGAAAAUUCCGCUCAAGACCAAUCGGGUCGGCUCGAAUUCCUUGAAUCCGUCCAGGUUCAUCAGCAUUUCUAAUCAGCCCAAGGGCAAAAAGGCGGUCGAUAAGGGGGGAUCGAAAGGGGUUAGCGCGAGCGACGAACGCGUGAACGAGUCUGGCCAGGAUGGCGGGAAACGGAGUGAAACGGGAUGGAAAGAGCCUCGAGGCAGCGAGAAAAGUUCGAGCGUCGAGCGGAUCCCCGAUCUGCACUUGAUCGACCUGUUGAAACAGACUUCCACGGCUACGGGGACGUCUAGUGUGGUGAGCACGACGGCUACCACGGCCGUCCAACCUCUUCACAUCGACGCGAACGCGAUUCUCCUCGAUAAGGAUGGCCUGGAAAAGAAAAAUCUAGCCGAGGAGAGGUCGAGGAGCCAGCAAAGUAGCCUUUCCAACGACAACAAAUCUUCCAACUCGCCGAACGCCGACGAUUCCGCCUCUAAACAGACCCAUAACAACUCGCAACUCGUCGGUUGUGGCGAGGAUCAUCACCACCGUCGGACGAAUUCUCAGAUCUCGAGAUCCAACAAGUCUAACGGUAAUUACAAUCGGUCGAAGGGUGGCACGGAGGGUAGAAACGAUUCUCCGAUUCCCAACGACGCGGUGAACAAUCACUCGAAGAGCAACGGUACUGGGCAAUCGGCGAGGAGCAAGGGUAACGGCGCGGUCACGGGCAACGCUGACCCGGCGACUCAACGUUCGAACGAUAAGAUCCAGAUGAACAACGCGAUCAACGAUCCGAACGCGAAGAAUUCCAGGCCUAGCGACGCCAAGAUCGUGGAGGGAUCCGUCACCGUAUCGAACUCGGCCAAGACGCACGAGGUCGAGUCGUCGAAAGAUUCGACGAGAAAUUCCUCGAGCGCGGAGAAGGUGGCUUCCGUGACCGGUGGUUCGGUGAAACAGGAGGAAGCGAGGACGAUUUCGAGGUCGAGCAAUAAUUCGGGAACAAGAGUCGCGGCGAACGCGGUAAUCGUGAAAACUACCCCCGUGUCCGACCGAUCCUCCAUGUCCUCGAAGGCGAACAACAACGCGUUGGCGAGCAACGACGCGAAGAAAGUGAACAGCGCAGCGGGGGGGAAGGUCGGGAAUGAGGGGAGUGGUACGUCGUUGAAGUCAUCCGGGGGGGUGUCGGUCGAUUCGAUCGAGAGCGUGCGAUCCACGGACACUGGGGUGAGCGUGGACACCGUGAGGGGGGUGUCCUCGCCAAGGGAGAAAACGGGGAUGCACGUGGUGAAACGGCCGCAGGAGAUCGAGACGUUGAGCGGGAACGUGGUGCACCUGGAGCAAAACGGCGAACCAGCGGUGCUGGGCGCCGCGAACGGCAUCGGUGAAGGCGUACCCGAGAGGCUUCUUACGCGUUGGAGAAGAUCCCUGAGUCGUUGCUGCGAGUGUUGCCCGAGCAUGAGGUGUCUGGCGUGUCGUACGGACUCGAAGGGCCUCACCUGGCCCGGAAACCAUGCCAGGAUCAUGAGGAUCGUGAACAGGAACGAGCAACUCUCCGCCAGAGAGAACGUUCCUGCUGGCUGUUGGUCUAAAUUCAAGAACAGAUGCAGAUGCAAACGACUGAGGGAGAUGAAAUGUUGCUCAAGAAGAUCGAGAGUCGCGCCUGCCGAGGCAACUGUAUGCUGCCCACCGGAAAGAAGAUUCGGCGCCAUUUGCCGGCGUCUGUUCGACAAUUGCAAAUGCAAGCGGAGCGCCGAGGCAGAGCGCGCAAGAAGCAUACGUGCCAAGCACAGUCUUACCAGUGUAGCGCCACCUCCUCUAUCAGAGGAACCGAAAGCUAAGAUACCGGAUGUCCUGGUAGAGCACAACUCCUUAAUGCGUGGCGCUAUUCCCUGUCUACCAGUUCCUCUUGCUUGGUUUUGUCUCGUUUGGAACGUAUUACUGCCUGGCUCUGGUACGGUAUGGAGUGGUUUAUUUAAUCUAUGCACCGGCCAACCAAGAUUCUCAGCGGUGGCUGGACUGAAAUCGAGACUGGGUGCGUUCGUGGUGAACCUGGUGGUCGGGGUGGGUCAAUUAUUCACCGUUUUAUUCUGCCUGGUUGGGUGGGGCUGGAGCAUCUGGUGGGGCGUCACUUUGGUCCGUUUAGCGAGGAAGUACAAGAGGUUCAAGGCCUCUGAAGCGGCCAGCAACGAUCCGGAAAGGGGGGCGAGGGAUGAAGAACCGGCGGCUCUACCCCCAGGUGUACCGAGUCAAGCCUUGAGAGGGAUGGAACGGGUUCGAUAAUAAUCAAAAUAACGAACACGAUUCCUCGAUUCUUGCCAGAAAUGAUUUUUAUAUCGUUCGUCUUAGCGAUUUUUCACUACGUGCCUUCUCGAAAGCUGCGAACAGAGAAUGGAAACUCUUCGCUUGUUGGACUCGUACGCUAAAAAAGAUCCAUUGAAAAAGAAAAAAAAACAAAGUAGUUUUUUUUCUCCUCGAUCCGUACGAUAUUUUCUACGAAAUUGUAAAAGACCUCGUUCUGUUUUUUCACAAUUUAUAAAUAAAAUUCGAGGAACUUUUAUUGUCGAAAAAUAACUUCGUUCUCGAAAGGACGAUAUUGGAAAAGAAAAAGAAGAAGAAGAAGAAAAAGAAGAAGAAGAAAAGAAAAGGAAAAAAAAAUAGAAAAGAAAAACGAUGUUAUAAAACGAUGUUAUAAUGGUUCGCGAUCGAGGAACGAAACGAAGUUCUCGGAAAUUAAUCGCUUUCAAUGAAAGCAUACCUAUGUGUGGCGUUCUUUCAAAAUGUACUCGUUGCGUCGAACGAAAAUUUUUUUUUUUCUUUUUUUUUCAUUCUCGUUCAUCCUUUGUUUCGUGCUCACAAAUAUGAUAUAGCUUUUUAGUUUUUUUAUAUUUUUUAUUUAUUUAUUGUUCUUAUUUUUUUUUAUUUUAUUUUCGAAAUGAGAACGUCUCUCGGCGGAAAAUCAAAGAAGAAAGACAAAACGUGUGACCUUUUUUCUUUUUCCUCUCUCUCUUUCAUUCUUUCUCUCUCCCUCUCUCUCUCUCUCUCUCUUUCUCUCCCCCUCUCUCACUCCCUCGUUCGAAGGUAUUUUUUUUUUCUUUUCAACGUCGAUGGAAUAAAUACGUUUUGAAAAAACGCACUUUAUAUUUUUACAAGCGCAAAAACACAUAUUAUAUGUAUACAUACAUUCAUAUAUUCAACUAUCCGACUUAUUCAACUUACAACUAAAAAUCCUUGUAAAUAUGAAAAUAUAUUACUUACAUCGGUUUUUAAUCUAA